AUGCUAGGGCAGAAAGUCCACCCGUUCAGAGCAUCUCAUCCACCAAGGACACUCCUGCAUCAGGUCCAGGACAAGACCGAUGCCUUCAAGAUGAUCAGCAAGACAUUGGGGCUGUCAGGUCCCCACCCUGUUCUCCCCAAAGACAAUCAAACAGUCUUCCAGAAAGAUCACCUGUCCAUGAUCAACCAGAAGUGUCAGAACCCGUGCGAGCCCAAUCCAUGUCUCAAUCAAGGAGCAUGUUCCGGUAGCAUAGGAAAUACAACCUUUACUUGCGUGUGUACAGCUGGGUUCUCCGGGCAGAACUGUGGCACAGAUAGAGCAUCAAAUGAUGCUCCGCAGUUUGUCUACACACAAGACCCGACAUUGAAGGUUACAGAGGGACAAAGCCCGUCAAUCGUGGUAUUUACCCUGAAUGCAACUGACCCUGACGGUGACCUCAUAAUCUAUGACCUCUUCGAUGAUGCAGCGAGGUCAAUCUUCGCCAUCAAUCAGUUUACAGGACAAUUGUAUGCCUCGCCAGGCCUUGAUUAUGAAAUGUUGGGAAAUCAAGUUAUUAUCACAGUCUCCGUGACUGAUGGCAUUAAUGAUCCGGUACCCCAAACUAUCUACGUUCAAAUCACCGAUGUGAACGACAUUGCUCCGACCUUCACCAACCUGCCGAACAUUACCUAUGUCUUUGAGAAUGCUACCAUCGGAAGUGAGCUCUACCAAGUCAUCACCACCGAUGAGGAUACCUUUUACGGUGGAUUUGUGACUUACUCCAUUUUGCUAGUCACCCCCAGCAAUCCUGGAUCUGCUCCAAAUAAUUACUUCUCUAUUGGAGAGACAGAUGGCAUCAUUCAGCUUGCUACCUCUCUUAAUUAUGAAGAAAUACAACAAUACUUUGUGACGGUAGUGGCCCGGGAUUACGGGACUGGUGACACAAGUCUCUCCAGCACAGCUACACUGACGGUCAGUGUCCUGGACAUCCAAGAUACUAACCCAGUCUUCCUCAAUAUCCCCUACGAUGUCACCAUCCCAGAGACAUUACCAGUGGGAUCAACUGUGCAAACCAUCAGAGCCACAGAUCCUGAUACCAAUAAUGGCAAUAUCAUCACAUAUAAUCUGGUCGUCAGUGACAGUCAAGGUUAUUUUGUGAUCGACCAAACCACCGGUAUCAUCACAGUCAACUCUCAGAUGGACAGAGAUAAUCCUGUUCUCCCAGCUACGUACCCACUCAUUGUCAGUGCUGUCGAGACCAGUUCUGGUGGAGUCUCGUUUGCUCAAGUCAGUUUCAACGUCACUGUUUCACCUGCAAACGAUGAACCGCCCUCGUUUGAUCAAAAUUCCUACUCCGCAUCCAUUCCAGAAUCAGCGUCCAUCAACUCACAACUCCCAAUCACAAUAACAGUCGAUGACGGAGACCUUAUUACUGAUAGCACAGUAACAGUUUCCCUGCAAAAUGGCAACAGCGUUCCUUUCAGAGUUUCACCAACUCAAGUUGUUGGUAGUGGUACGAUCGACAUCCUCAUCACUCAACCCCUUGAUUUUGAAAACAACCAACAAUAUACUUUACAGCUUCAAGCAGUCGAUGGAGACGGUCAAGACUUAGCUCCUUUAAUGGUGACUGUGACUGAUGUGAAUGAUAACAACCCUGUAUUCAUCAAUCGGCCGAUAGAUAACAUUUACAGAGGUAGCAUCAAUGAGAAUGACCAGACGGGAACGUUCAUUGUCCAGGUGUCCACAACGGAUGCGGACAGUGGCUCGAACGCAGCGGUCACUUACUCUAUCAUUAGCGGCAACAUUAAUAAUGUCUUCACGAUCAAUCCUACCUCUGGUGCUAUCACAAACACCCAAAUCCUUGGACCUAACACCCCUCAGACAUACACUCUCAGUGUCAGGGCAACCAACCCUACACCGGGUGUUGCACCGGCGACUGGAACAUCUACUUCGACCGUGAUCAUCACUGUGAAUGAUGUCAAUGACAGUCCUCCAAGAUUUAGUGACAAUGAAUACACUGUCUUCAUCAAUGAGGCUGCUCAGGUCGGUACCACCGUCACAAGGAUCACAGCUACCGAUGAAGACAUCCCUGAAGGAGAUAGACUCACUUAUAUCAUCACUGCAGGCAACCAAGGAGGGCAUUUUCAAAUCAACCCUGUAUCCGGGGAUGUGACCCUUCUCAGGCAGCUUGACCGGGAGCUUGAAUCCCAGCACAACCUGACCAUCAGGGCCACUGACCAGGGAGCUCCGCCCCAGUCCGCAACCACCACGCUCAAGGUCAUCGUACUCGACUUCAAUGAUAACGCCCCUCAGUGGAACCCGCAGAGCUACGUGGACAGCAUCCUGGAGAAUGUGCCGGUCAACACGUUUGUUCUGCAGGUGGUAGCUACCGAUAAUGAUCAAGGCACCAACGCUGACCUGUCGUUUACCAUCAACAAUGCCAACAACGUUCCAUUUGUCAUUGAUGACCAGGGCAACAUACGAACAUCCGGUCCUUUGAACAGAGAAACUGUACCUCAAUACAAUUUUCUGGUUACGGUGCUAGAUAAUGGUAGCCCGCAGCAAGCAGGCAACCCUCCCGCCACCAUCACCAUCAACAUCUUGGACGUCAAUGAUGAGCCUCCUGUCCUUGAUAGGAAUGCCUAUGAGUUCACCGGCUCGGAAGACGUCAACUUCAACACCUUUGUCGGACAGGUGACUGCCACAGAUCCGGACCUCUCCGGUACCCUAACGUACACCUUCGUGCCGGCCGACCCAGACUUCAACUACAUCUCAGGAACCAUCCGCACCAACACCCAACUGGACGCCAACCAGCAACAGGUCUACCAGAUGACCGUCUUCGCUUCGGACGGUGUCCAGAACUCGCAGUCAGCACCGGUGACCAUCAACGUGCUGGACGUGAACACUCAGGCACCGUUCUUCGGGUUGGGCACCUAUGUCAAGUCGCUUCCAGAGGACUCUCCUUUCCAGACCCUCGUCGUUGAUCUGAAUGCUACAGAUCCGGACAAUGGAAACAUCGGACUGAUCAUCUACAGCUUUGAGAGCCUGAGCCGAACUCAGGGACCCUUCACCGUCGAGCCCUACACCGGCGUCAUAGAUAUCUCAACGACUGCUGGCCUCGAUAGAGAGACUCAGGACGAGUACACCAUGAUCGUCAUUGCUGUCGACCAACCGGUCAGUGGUCAGCCUAUGACUGGCACGGCCACCGUCUCAGUGAUAGUGACCGAUGUCAAUGACAAUGCACCGACUUUCCGCGACAUUUCGUACGAGAAAUCGAUUUUCGAGAAUCAUCCUCUGGGCUCAAAUAUUCUCACUGUCCAAGCCGAUGACCUUGACUUGGGUGUGAAUGCUGUGGUUCUCUACCGUAUCAUCAGCGGAAACAACAACAACCUGUUUAACGUUGACGGUCAAGGGAACAUCAACCUCGGGAACACACCUCUGGAUCGGGAGAUGCAAGACCAGUAUUUCCUUAUCGUUCAGGCGUAUAACAGCGACCUAUCAGUGGGAACCAACGAAGCGCCAGUGAUCAUCAUCAUUCUUGACAUCAAUGACGUGACCCCGUUGUUCCAGCAGCAGAACUAUUAUAGGCCAGACCUGUCGGAGAACUCACCUAGUGGGACCCCAGUCCUCCAGGUCUUCGCACAAGAUCAGGACCUGGACUUGGCAGGCGAUGUGCAGUAUAGCUUGAUUGGUAACCCUAACUUCUUGACCAUCAACUCUGACACUGGGGUCAUCUCGGUCAACGGUCCCAUUGCUGACCUCAGUGGGUCAAGGAACUUUACCAUGACCGUCAGAGCCACCGAUCAGGCCAGCCCGUUCCUUAGGGGCAUGGCGACGGUUACCGUGACGGUCGUGGACGACACUGUGACAAUACCGAUAUUCACUCUAUCAAGAUAUCCUGCAACUGUGAAUGAGAAUGUUAACGCUGAUACACCUGUGACCAGGGUUUCUGCUACAUUGAAUGGAAACCCAGCUGGUAUAACAUACGCCAUCGAUCCCAACGCUAGCCCUGCUGUCUUAGAAAUCUUCAAGAUUGAAGAGAAUACCGGUCACAUCACCACUGAGGGCGCCAUUGAUCGAGAGGUCGAGGACUUCUACGCCUUCACGGUCUUUGCCUAUCACGAGGAUAGUGUCGCGCCGGGUUCUACAUCGGUCUGGGUAAAUAUCCUUGAUGAGAAUGACAAUCCACCAGAGUUCAUCACCGUACCCCCAUCACCAGUGAGUGUCCAGGAGAACACCGGAGGGAACGUCCCUGUAGGGGUCUUCAGGGCUACGGAUCCAGAUGCUGGUAUUAAUGCACAGAUGACCUUCACAAUCUCGGGGGCGGGCUCCAACUUUUUCAACGUCUUCCAGACGGCUUAUGGUGGAGGUACUAUUGUAGUAACCAGCCCACUUGAUAGAGAGAGGCAGGACUUCUAUCAGCUUACUGUGACAGCUACCGAUGGUGGAAAUCCUUCUCUGAGCUCCUCCUUCCCACUCAACAUCACUGUGACCGAUGUCAAUGAUAACUACCCCAUAUGGACACGCAACGUCUACGAAGGAUCAAUAAAUGAGAAUAACUUCACCUCCAACCCCAUUAUCACGGUGAUGGUCAACGAUCUCGAUCUCCCGUCGUCCAACAACUUUGAGUACUCCAUCAUCGCCGGUGAUCCAAUGGGCAUGUUUGAGAUCAACAGUAACGGAGAGAUCACUGUGUCCAGCCUCUUGGACAGAGAGCAGCAAGAGACCUAUCAACUGACCAUUGAGCUUAUAGACCAGACCAACUCACCUCCAGCAAGGACUACCACCUUGGCUAUCAUCACCGUGGGAGAUGAGAACGACAACACACCUAUCUUUGACGAGACCGUCAUCAGGGUCGACGUGACGGAGGGGCCGUCGUCUCAGAAUAUUCCAGUCUACAUGCUGACGGCGAAUGAUAUUGAUCUAGGAUUGAACAGGGAUAUCAUCUAUGCCAUCGGAUCUCAACAGCCUCAAUCUCAUUUCCAGAUUAAUAUUGUGACGGGUAUGAUAUCGACAACCACUGCUCUAGACUGGGAGACUAUAUCGGAAUACACCCUCAUCGUGACCGCUACCGACCAGUCACCAACAGAACCUAGGACUGGCACUGCUACAGUGAUCGUCAGCGUGAAUGACAUCAACGAUGGUGCCCCUAUGUUUGUCAGGGAUGUCUACGGACCAUACAGCGUCGUGGAAGAGGUUUCCAACUCCUACAUUGAUUCUUUCCAAGCAACAGACACAGACCAAGGACAAGCAGGAACGGUCACCUACCACGUGAUAGGACAGUAUAGUAAUUUGUUCUUCAUUCAGCCUCAAACUGGUGUGUUGACUAUCAGGCCUGACAGAGCUCUAAAUUACGAGACGAUCACUCAAUUCAACAUCACCGUGGUCGCCAUGGAUAUGGGGAACCCUGUUCUAUCAUCGUCGACUGUAGUUGGAAUCAAUGUCAUCAACAUCAAUGACCACACCCCUAUCUUCGAGGGGAUCCCAUACACCAUCACCCUCAGCAAGAACAUCUCAGCAGGCUCACUGGCGUACGUUGUCAGGGCAACGGAUGAUGAUGCUGGCAUCUUUGGCGAGGUCCGGUAUCAGAUCACAGAUGGAAACACCGACAACAUCUUCAGGAUUGAUCAAACGACUGGUGAGGUGUUUGUGCAGGGACUAUUGGAGACAGGUACUUAUCGUCUUGUUGUAGAAGCAAGGGACACACCUGGAGACAUACCUAGCUCAAGAGCUUCGUCCACAACUUUGACUAUUGUAGUAACGGAUAUCGGAGACUUUGCACCGACCUUCCCUGGAAGCUCUCUCUUUACUGGCAAUGUCUUUGAGAAUUCACCAGUAGGACAGCCUAUUACCAUGAUUCCUCCCAUCCGAGCUAUUAAUAGUGAUGCUACUGGCCAGCUCGUCUACACCAUUACCGGUCCCGACUCGCAAACAUUCAUGAUCAAUCAACUCUCAGCCGGAAUUCAAGUGAAUGGACCUCUAGACAGGGAGACCAAAGAUUUCUACGAAUUUAGGGUGAUCGUCACUGAUUCCAUGGGUAUGACUGCAGAGGGCACUGUUCAUAUCAACGUUCUGGACGUGAAUGACUUUGCGCCAGCAUUCAACGAUUCCGUCUACAACUUCACCAUCCCAGAGAAUUCACCUGGAGGCUAUUAUGUUGGAGGUGUAACGGCAUACGACCUUGACGGAGACAAUGUCAACUUCUUCAUACAGACAGGAGGAGAGGAUAAGUUUGAUAUCGGAGGCACAUCAGAAACGAUUACAGUCACACCUGGAGCAGUGUUAGACCGAGAGGAGAAACCCUUCUACACCCUGACCGUCAUGGUCUCCGACCUACGUAACCCGCCCCUCAGUGGUACCGCCACCGUCUACAUCAACCUCAUCGACAUCAACGACAGUCCUCCCAAGUUCACCGCCUCCUUCCUGGAUCAAAUCAUCUCCAUCCCCGAAGACACGCCCGGCAACACGCUCGUCACCGCGGUAACCGCAACCGAUGAUGACCUCAACUCCAAUAUAAAUUACCGGAUUGUCUCGGUGUCCGUUUACGAUGAGGAUGAUGUCGACAUCACAUCGUUUUUCGAUUAUAGGACGGUCUUCAGCCUCAAUCCAACAAAUGGGAAUAUAACGCUGACCUCUCCUGUUGACCGAGAGGUCACCGAGAAGUUUGUGUUUUCGAUUUCAGCAAGGGAUUUGAAUUCUCAGAAUCCUAUCUUCGGCACGAGCCAAGAAAAUGCCCAAGUCACCAUUCUUAUCACCGACAUCAACGACAACCACCCGGCCUUCCAGCCUCCCGGCACCACCUUCAUCCUCCGCCAGCUCCCAGAAUCCUUUGGAGCAGGAAGCCCAAUCCCCGGUAACCUGCUAGCCUUGGAUCCAGACCUUGGUCUGAACGGCAAGGUGAUGUACAUCAUUCAGGAUCCAUCUGGUGUGCCCGUCACUAUCGAUCAGAAUACAGGUCAGCUGACCCUCCUGGUGACUGUUGACCGAGAGCAGCAACCCUGGGUCAACCUGACCGUCCUGGCCGUCGACAAGGGCACACCGUCCCUCAACACUAGCAUCCCUGUCUACCUUGAGAUCAUCGACAACAACGACAACAACCCCGUCUUCGGAGCGCAGUCCCACACCCCCACGAUCAUAGAGAGCGCCCCCAUCGGUGCGUUUGUGUUUAAUGUCAAUGCGACGGAUGCUGAUAGCGGAGGAAGCGGUCAAGUGACCUAUAGUCUGAUUGGGGGUGAUGGAAAAUUCACCAUCAAUCAAGAUACAGGAGUGAUAACCCUACUGCAGCAAGUAGACAAGGAGACCCAGUCCCAGCACAUGUUGACAGUGUUUGCUAGGGACAACCCUGGGGACUCUGAAGACAGUAGAACAGGCUCAACAACAGUAAUUGUCAAUGUGUUGGAUGCUAAUGAGUUUCCACCAGUAGUGACGCAGCCCAUCUUCACCAUCAAUGAGGGAGGAAUCGGGGGCGAAGUGGUAGGGAUCAUCGAGGCCUAUGACCCCGAUGACCCUGAUGACCCUAACCAGUCACUGUACUAUGUGGUUGUCAGCUCACAACCGGAAGUUGGCAGCACGUUGUUUAUUAUCAACAAUGUGACUGGGGAGAUUAUCACUACUGGACCGCUUGAUAGAGAUAGUGGUUUACAUCCAGCCAGGGUCGAUCUAGAUCUGAUCGUUUAUGAUGACGGCAAUCCCAACCUCGGCACACCGACCACUGCCAUCAUCUACAUCAAUGACCUCAACGACAACCAGCCCAUCUUUGACCGGCCCUUGUACGAUGUGACGGUCGUAGAGGGUCAAUAUAAUGACCCCAUCAUCACCGUGGUGGCCAAUGAUCCCGAUCAGAACAGUAAUCUCAGAUACAAGAUCCUUGGAGGAAACCUCAACAAUACAUUCGUACUCGUCGAUGGAGGCUUAAUCCCGGUCAAACCACUGGACUUUGAGACGUUCACGAACUACAAUCUGACCGUUGUGGUGACCGACGACAGCGGAAAUAGAGAUACGACCUACGUCGCGGUUACCGUAACCGACGCCAACGAUCACAACCCCACGUUCGUUCCUGAUCUCUACAGUCUUUCUGUGACUGAGAAUGAACCUCCAGGCACACAGGUUGGGGUGGUAAUGACCAUCGACGGUGACACCCUUCCAGAGUACACCGACAUCAUCUACACCAUCCUGACCGGCAACGGCCUCAGAAACUUCACCAUCAACUCCACGACAGGCAUCAUCAACACGGCAACGAUCCUGGAUAGAGAGAAGACCAGCGAGUAUGUUCUGACCAUAGGAGCAGAGAAUCCGGUCGGAGGAACAACGGGAACAGCAACGGUUUCUAUCAUUGUGAGAGACGUCAACGACAAUACCCCCACCUUUGAAGAGAAUCCUUACACCUCCACCGUCACUACCAACACUCUCCUGGUAGACGUGCAUGCUAAUGACCCUGAUGAAGGGGGCAACGGCAUCGUCAUCUAUGAGAUUGUAUCCGGCAACGAAGAUAAUCGCUUCACAAUAGACAACCGGACCGGGGUCAUCACCCUUGUCAACCCACUGGAGAGUCAACUGAUUAGGAAUUACACCCUGGUGGUCAUAGGUCAUGACCUUGGAAACCCUCGGCUCCAGAGCAACACAACCGUCGACCUCCGCAUCAACUACCUGGGUCUCAACGCCCCUCCGUCUUUCGUCCGACCGAACCAGGGCUCUACCGUGUUUAUUACCGAGAACAAUCCUCUUGGUCUUUUGAUCAUCAAUGCCUUCGCCGUGGAUGAUGAUGUUGGAGCUAACGGAGUGGUCGAUUACAGCAUUCUCCCCAACUUUGACUACAGUGACUUCACCAUCGACCCGGUGACUGGCGAUAUCACCAUACUGGUGUCAGCUGACAGAGAGAUAAAGGAUUCUUAUACUUUGACAGUAGUAGCUACUGACAGAGGAGACCCAAACCUUUCAACCAGUUCCACAUUUGUCAUCAGGGUACUUGAUGAAAACGAUGACAAUCCUGCCUUCCCGAGACCAGAUGGUAUGAACAAUCCCAUCGUGCUGAAUCUGAAUGUGUUUGAGAAUGCCAAUAUCAGCGACCUGGUCGGAACUGUUGAUGGUGCCAUUGAUCUAGACCUGGGGGUAAAUGGACAAAUCUUCUACCACAUCGUCGAUAGCACAGUCGGUGGUAUCUUUGUGAUCAACUCCACGACCGGAGUAGUCACCGUGAACGGCACCCUCGAUCGGGAAGACAUCGGCGUCCACACCAUUUACAUCCUAGCAACCAACGACGCUACCUACAAUAGGACGGGACCCUAUAACGUAUUGGACAAUAUCUCACUGAAAGAAGUCAAGAUUACUCUGUUGGACAUCAACGACAAUGAAUUCACCAGUACUGUCAAAUCUGCUUACGCCUGCAUGUUUGAUAACCCUUGUCAAAAUGAAGGGAUCUGCAUGGAGGAUGAAGACAAUCCUGGUGACGUGAAGUGUGAAUGUCCAGAUGAAUAUGGCGGACUUUACUGUGAGGAAUCUAUCCCAAACGCCUGCAUGUUUGAUAACCCUUGUCAAAAUGAAGGGACCUGCAUGGAUGAUGAAGACAAUCCUGGUAACGUGAAGUGUGUAUGUCUAGAUGGGUAUAGUGGACUGGACUGUGGAGAAGCUACCCCAAGGUACAAUCUGAACAUAUUAAUAGCUGCACUUGCUGGUUUAGCAGUAUUCAUGUCACUCGUCAGUCUCAUUAUGAUUUGUGCCAAGGCGAGGAAAACGUCUUCUGCGAGGAAUGAGCUGAACGUAUCUGAUUCAUGUCAACGGCCACCCCAAUCGGUGAACAACCAACCCGACCUCGAGGCGGUGGCUAAUGAACCUAACGUACCGAAUGGUCCGAUGAGAGAAAACACGGACAUGGCAAACAGGCCCCUUCCAUCUUUACCUGACCAACCAGGAGCGAUUGUCCAUGACUAUGCGACCACGUUGAGACCAUUAAUGAGACAAAGAAGCAAUCAUAGUUUUGUUUGAGUUUAUUGGUUUCACAUUUCACAUGCAGAUUCAAUAUAGAUAACAAAAUCUACAGAAAGACAAAUUGUUUCAUAAUACAAAAAAUUAUACUAAU